UGCGCCUGCGCCAGUCCUCUGGCAGUGACAAGUGCAGAUAAACCGGCUAGGAAAGGAAGCUGCUGCUGCACUGCGCCCAUCCUGCUGGGCAUAGAGCAGGCACAGGCGCUGCACCCCCUUUACACUCCCAGCAGCAACCGUGUGGCACUAGGACAUCAAUUAUACCUGUCUCCUGCACACCAGCCUCCCAAUGACACCUGUGUGCAAGGUGCCCCUUUCCCUGCUUUGCAAAUAUCUGCCCUCUGCUUUAUCCUCUGGUCUGUUUCUAGGGAUACAGGCUGAUUAGCCUUUCAUAUGGACAGACUAUCCUGCACUGCUGCUGUGCAGAGUAACAAGAGCACCAGAUCACUGGGAGGAGAUCCCUCUGCAAUCACCAGCAAGAUCAGAUACCAGUCAGCUAUGCGAUACCAGUAAGCAGCCAGCCUCACCAGCAGCAGCACCUCCUGACUGCUGCCAUUAUCAGAGCAUCCCUGCAGCACAUCUGCUGGGGGCACCUGCAGCAUGUCGGUGGUAUUCUACUUACUGACCACCCUGGGUGGUUACAUGGUCACCUCAGUCCUGCUCCUGAAAUUCCCCAGCCUCCUGCACAAGAGGAAGCAGCAGAAGUUCCGAUGCAGGCACAUAUCACAUCGGGGAGGUGCGGGAGAGAAUCUAGAAAACACAAUGACUGCUUUCAAACAUGCCAUCAACCUCGGAACAGACAUGUUGGAACUCGACUGUCAUCUCACAAAAGAUGAAGAGGUUGUGGUGUCACAUGAUGGCAACUUGAAGCGGUCCACAGGCGUCACUGUCCAUAUAUCAGAGCUGAACUACUGUGAUCUGCCUCCAUAUUUGCCACAACUGGAUGUGACCUUUGAAAAAGAUUGCUGCUGUGAUGGCGGAGAAGACAAUCGUAUCCCGUUGCUGAGAGAAGUGUUCGAAGCAUUUCCAGAGACGCCCAUCAACAUAGAUAUCAAAGUGAAUAAUGACGUUCUUGUGAGGAAGGUCUCGGAGCUGGUAAGAGAGCACAAGAGAGAGCACCUGACUGUGUGGGGUAAUGCCGACUACGAGAUUGUACAGAAGUGCCACAAAGAGAACUGCAACAUCCCUCUGCUCUUCUGCUUUCAACGGGUCCUGCUCCUGGUUGGGUUAUUUUAUACAGGACUCCUGCCCUUCGUACCACUCCGAGAGCAAUUCCUAGAGAUCCCAAUGCCUUCUAUAAUCACCAAACUUAAAGAUGCCUCGAAAAUGAGCAGAAGUCACAAGUUUGUUGUGUGGCUGGCAGAUGCAUUAAUAAUGAGGAAAGCUCUAUUUGAGCAUCUGAAAGCACGAGGAAUCCAGGUAUAUAUUUGGGUGUUGAACAAUGAAGAAGAAUACAAAAGAGCCUUUGACUUGGGCGCCACCGGCGUAAUGACGGAUUAUCCCAAUCGACUUAAAGAAUUCCUGGAAAAGUACACUCAUUGAAAUAAGGGAAAGGUUUAAUGAGACCACCACCUGCCUGAGAUGCUACUGUACAAUAACGUCAUCAUACCUCAUGCACGGCCGUGUAGUAAAUACUUACUUAUACAUAUUUAUUUAGGGUAUCUUGUAUAGUUUACAUUUGUAAAUAGUUUAAGCAGAAUCAGGAUGAAACCACUAAACUGUAAAUUCAUGAGACAACCGUCAUCUUUCCUACGGACGCUCUGCGUGGAAUGGCCGCAGCAUUUCAUUAUCGGAAAGGAGACGUCAUUUGCUUUGAUUUUAUUGUGUGUUUCUUAGUUUUGGCGCUCAUCGCUGCAACAUGUCACUUAGGCUUAUGUCUGAUUCAUGCUUCAUGGCAGGGGGAAUGAUACGUGCAAAUACUGGAACAGCUGCUUGUUAAUGUAAGACCUCAUCAUGUAAGGUGAUAAAUAGGUUGAUGGUAUCAUGCAUGGAAUUGCGCACCCCUAUGGUGGUGUGAGGUAAAAGGAGCUUUGUUGUUGGUCUGCGAUGUGCUGCCAUUAUGGACUUUCCUAGAGUGCACUGAAAUCAGUUGAAUUGCGCCAUAGCGUCAGCACUCAUAGAAGCGAGACGCCGUGAUUUCUUGAGGUAUUGAUUAUUUUAGACCAUUUGGGUGAGUCCCAAAGGUUCUCCACUUACAGGUACCUAACAAAUAGCCAGCAGUGACUAUACGCACCAUUAAUGGAAAAUACUUCCAUUGUAUAUUUCUAUGAGGGCAAAAAGCUUCAUAACCUAUGAAUAAUAUGUUUAGGGUUUUAGUUGUGAUGGUUACUUACAGACAUGACUGAAAGGUGCAAUUUUAAACCAUGGCAGCUAGCAGAUCGUUUUUAUCUGGCUAGAGCUGGCCUGGGUCAUGUGCAGUCUCCAGGUAAUGUGAAACUACAAGUCCCAGCAUACCCAGCUAUAUGGCACAGCAUGAUGCAUCUUGUAGUAUCACAACACCUGGAGACAGGUUGCCCAGGCUUGGUGUAGAGCAUUCACCACACACAUUAUUCCACAGUACAUGCUUCAUUCCAUACAGGAUGCAUUUGAUAUGCCGGCUGUCGGUAUCCCGACGCUCAGCAUACCGACAACUAUUCUCCCUCUUGGGGUGUCCAUGACACCCCUGGAGGGAGAAUACCGUGGCCGCAGCGUGACGAUCCCAGCAAGACCGCAAGGGACUCUUUUGCGCUCACCCCGCUUCCGUCAUGCUGGGCGCCGGGAUCCUGACAGCUGGCAUAACGUAGUAGACCCAUUCCAUACGGUAUUAUGCAGUAUACAGAGUGCUUCAUGGCAAAUGCUGCAAUUCUGACAUACAGUUCAAUGAAUGUUGAUUAUAAAUGACAUAAAGAUCUGAUUUGAGGGUGGGGAAGAUAUUGUAAUGUAUGCCCAAACACCCUGUCAGUAAUCUCAAUGGAGAUCACAGCAGUCAGCCUAUGGGAGACACCUUUUGCAGAACCUGGCUAAUAACUGUGAGCAAUAGCUUGCUGCCAGCUGUACAACUAAAAGGGGACAUCUGAUUAUGGGCCUAAUUCAGACCUGAUCGUAGCCGCAGCAAAAGGAGCGAUGUUGUAGUGCAGUGCAGUUGCAAGUAUUUGUGAUGUGCGCAGCGGGCGCACACUGCAAACAGCUGACAAACUUUAUUUACACAUUACUCCUUAUGAAAAAAGGCAUUAGUUCUGACAACUAAUAAAACCUAGAAUAAUAGGGUUGUGCCCAUACUGGGGAAUAGUUGAACAUUUCUGCAGGGAAGAUUCAGCAAGCUCAGUCAGAUUAUGUGGUGAGUGGCAAUGUCCAUCCACAGAUUUGCUAUCAGAUUUAUAGGCCGUACACACUGUCCGAUAACACUGAAAUAUAUGAACGAUCUCGUUCAUUAAUGAACGAGAUAUCGUUCAUAUCUUUCAGUGUGUAUGCACCAAUGAUGAACGAUGUGCGGCAUAUUGCAUGCAUGCCAAUAUGGACAAUCUCGUCCAUGUUAGCAUGCAAGGCUAUGGGGUCGGGUGACGGGGGGAGUGAAGAAACUUCACUCCCCCUGCCGGCCGGUUGUCCGUCGGCCGUAUCGCCCAUAAGGCACCUCUGCGGCCAGGCAGCCUGUGUGUAAGACCCAUAAGAUCAGGUCUUGGAUGUGGCCACUCAAUGACAUUCACCUUACUAUGUGUAAUUCUCAAUGUAGUUUUCUUAGCUAUGUUUAGGGUUGUUGUCGUGCUGAAAGGUGACCCACCUGCCCAUCUUCAGCUGUCCAGCAGAUGGAUGCAGGUUUACCUCAAGUAUACUUGCCAGUAACCCUCUAAUCUUCAGUCCUGACCUAUUGCCCAGUUCCUACUAAAGAGAAGCACCCCCACCGCAUAAAGGCCCUCAUUCCUAGUUGUUCGCUCGCUAGCUGCUUUUAGCAGCAUUGCACACGCUAGACCGCCGCCCUCUGGGAGUGUAUCUUAUCUUAGCAGAAUUGCGAACGAAAGAUUAGCAGAAUUGCGAAUAAAUAAUUCUUAGGCGUUUCUGAGUAGCUCGAGACUUACUCCUACACUGCGAUCAGCUCAGCCCUUUUCAUUCCUGGUUUGACGUCACAAACACGCCCUGCGUUCGGCCAGCCACUCCCCCGUUUCUCCAGACACUCCUGCGUUUUAUCCUGGCACGCCUGCGUUUUUCCACACACUCCCAGAAAACGGCCAGUUUCCGCCCAGAAACACCCACUUCCGGUCAAUCACACUCCGAUCACUUCAACGAUGAAAAUUCUUCGUUUGGACGUGAGUAAAUCUACUAAGUUUUGUGCUAAAUUACUUAGCGCAUGCGCACUGCGUACCAUGCGCAUGCGCAUUUUUGCCUUAAUCGCUCCGUUGCGAAAAUCGGCAGCGAGCGAACAACUCGGAAUGACACCCAAUGUUGCUACCACCCUGCUUCACAGUAGAUAUGGUGUGUUGUGGAUGGUGUGCUGUGUUUGGUUUUCUCCAAACAUAGUACUUGGAGCUCAGUCCAAAAAGUUCUGUCUUGGCCCUUAUCUGACCAUCCAGCCUUUACAGUUUUUUGCUGCAUGACAUCAGAAUCUACCAAGUAUUUUUUUUGCAAUGGACAAAGGAGUGUGUCAUUGUUCCAGACGAGGCUUCUUUCUUACCACCUCUCCAUACCAUCCAGCUUUGUGUGAUUUUUGUUGUCACAUGCACAGAGCAAUCAGCCUCAGCCAUAAAGAUUUGAAAGUCCUUCUAAAUUGUGAUUGCCCCUUUGGUAGCUUUCCUGAUCAAUAUCCUCUUGACUCUGGCAUAUAGUUUGGAGGAAACACAGCUCAUAUUUUGCAGGUCCCCUCACAGCAUCACAAGUGAAAUAAUUAGCUCCACCUGCGGAUCUCUUAAAAUGCGUUAGUGAGUUACGCAUACACUUGUGCACCUGCUAGGUGACCUGGACACUGUUUGGGGUCCUGAUGGCCGAUAACCACUGGAACACACUGAACUCAUGGUCAUGUUCAUAGAACAAGCUGAAUAUGUUCUUUGUGACAUGGCGCAUUAGAAGAUGGGCAGACAGUGGUCAUGAAGCGAUACAGAUGAUCAGGAACAAUACGCAGGUAGGCUUUAGUGUCUAAUUGAUGGGCAAAUUGUAUUGCGGGUCCCAAAGUGUGGGCCCCUUACAUAUAUGGACCUCUAUUUUAGUAGAUAGAUUUGUUCCACAUUUGUCAGAUCGGUGUCAAUAGAUUCCACUGACAAUUCUUUAUAUACUCUAAACCAGGCAUGUCCAAACUGCGGCCCUCCAGCUGUUGUGAAACUACACAUCCCGGCAUGCCCUGACACAGCUUUAGCAUUCUCUGACAGCAAAACUGUGUCAGGGCAUGCUGGGAAAUGUAGUUUCACAACAGCUGGAGGACCGCAGUUUGGACAUGCCUGCUCUAAACAGUCACUAAGCUCAGCCUGAAAUGUUUCUUCCCAGGGACUUCAUCAGAUACUGGUGAACAUUACUAGCAUAUCUUUUACAUGAACACAACUUUUAAGGUUCAGUGGUCAUUUACUGGCACUUUCUGUAAGCCGGUCUGAAGCCCCAUCUCAGUUAUUGCUUAAUCCUUCAAGCACCCAUUUAUUUCCGCCAUUGCACAUGGCUAAAUUGCACAUUUGUUUCAGUUUUUAUAAUUGGUCUUUGCAUGAGAACAGUAAUAUAACUUCUACGUUGGGUACAGCUUAGUGCACAUAAGCUUUCAUGGCCAUUUUGUGAGAUCUGAAUAAAGUUAUUUAGCUUCAGCUAAGAGGGAAAACAGCGACAUGAUUAAGCAACACCGCAUAUUUAUUUUAUUAUGUAAUCCUGGUACAGUUCUUUUCUCCUGCUCUACAAAUGUAAGCAGACACUCACGUGCAGACCGCCAUCUGGUGUAUGUGUUCCUCAGACAUGGGUCCAGAUUCACUUAGCAGGGCUAACUGACAUGUUACUGGACAUUGGCCAGAACUGCAUGGUACAUUCUUUAGCAUGUUGUAAUUCGCGUCCAUUCUCUGUGAUCAUUUAUAGUGGAUCUGUGCCUGCGGUUAGUACAUGGUACAGAUCUCUGCUGAUAUGAAUAAGCCAUGACAAAUAAAUAAAAAUGCGGCAGCAACGAGAACUCUGUGAAAUCGCCUGGCCUGCACAACUGUCUUCAGCCUGUACUUACUGUUGCAUAUGUAAUACAAAUCAUAGAAAUCCUAUAAUAAAACCUUUUCUAUAUAAAUAAAACUUAUGUUGUUUUAUUGACAAA